AUGUCUGUUAUCACAGAGUCUCAGGGCAGCCUCCAGGAGAAUGAGAUGGAGGUGGAUCCCUGCACUUCUACACAAACAAGAAACAAUUCAGCAAUUCCUGCUGGCCGAACCAGGGCUAGCAGGCUGAGCUGUGCCCCAGAACCCUCACUGACAAAUGUAAAUGGAAACAUAGAGGAUCAUCUGCCUCCUGCUAGAAUGAGCUCUUCAGCAAACCCAGUUCGGAGAAGGUCUAACAUUGUGAAAGAGAUGGAGAAAAUGAAAAACAAGAGAGAAGAAAAGAGAGCUCAGAUCAGUGAAAUCAGGACAAAACGUGCACAGGAGUUUGACAGCAGCUGUCCGAAUUGGGAAUUUGCACGGAUGAUCAGAGAAUUCAGAGCAACUUUGGACUGCCAACCAAUAUCUAUAACUGACCCAAUAGAAGAACAUAGGAUUUGUGUCUGUGUGAGGAAACGCCCUCUGAAUAAACAAGAACUUCUAAAAAAGGAAUGUGAUGUGAUUACUGUUCCCAGCAAGUGCGUCCUGCUGGUGCACGAGCCAAAGCUGAAAGUGGAUCUAACAAAAUACCUUGAAACCCAAGCAUUUAGAUUUGACUUCUCAUUUGAUGAAUCCUCUUCUAAUGAAAUGGUAUACAGGUUCACGGCUAGGCCUCUUGUCCAGACUAUCUUUGAGGGUGGAAAGGCAACGUGUUUUGCAUAUGGCCAGACAGGCAGUGGCAAGACACACACUAUGGGUGGAGACUUCUCUGGGAGAGCACAGAAUGCCUCAAAGGGGAUAUACGCUUUUGCAUCACAAGACGUCUUCCUUCUUCUAAGCCAGCCAAGGUACAGGAAUCAGGAUCUGGAAGUCUAUGUGACGUUCUUUGAAAUAUACAAUGGGAAGGUGUUUGACCUCUUGAAUAAGAAGACAAAGCUUCGAGUCCUGGAGGAUGGCAAGCAGCAGGUCCAGGUUGUAGGCCUCCAAGAGAGACAAGUUGGCUGUGCUGAGGAUGUCAUCAGAAUGAUUGAGAUGGGCAGUGCCUGCAGGACAUCUGGGCAGACUUUUGCAAAUGCUAGCUCUUCCCGGUCCCAUGCUUGCUUUCAAAUCAUACUACGCCGAAGAGGAAAACUGCUUGGCAAAUUUUCCUUGGUGGAUCUGGCAGGAAAUGAGAGGGGUGCAGAUACAUCUAGUGCUGAUCGGCAGACAAGGAUGGAAGGGGCUGAAAUCAACAAGAGCUUGUUGGCUUUGAAGGAAUGUAUUCGAGCUCUAGGGCAGAACAAAUCUCAUACUCCUUUCCGGGAGAGCAAGCUGACCCAGGUGUUAAGAGACUCUUUCAUAGGAACAAAUUCAAGGACCUGUAUGAUAGCAAUGAUUUCUCCAGGCAUGAGUUCGUGUGAGUACACCUUAAACACACUGAGAUACGCUGACAGAGUGAAAGAGCUCAGCCCUCACAAUGGAGGUGGUGAAACACAGAAUCACAUGGAGACUGAGAAUGAGGAAACAGAGACCAGUGGAGAAGGCUCAAGUCUUCAACACAAUGUAUGUGUAUGCAGUGGGAGUGAACAGAUCUCAAAGCUGGCAACAACUUGCUGUUCUUACAUGGACUCUUUCUUGCAGCUCUCCAAGGAUGAGGAGGAAGAUCUCUCUCCCCACAUGUUUAGUUUCCGUGAGGCUAUGAUUCAAAUUGGUGAGCAGGAGGAGAAGGUUGUAGAACAGCUUAGAGAACUGAGACAGAAAAUGACUGAACUUGACUACCUCUUGGGAAUGACGGAGCAACCAGACUACGAUCUUGAGACCUUUGUCAGCAGAGCUAAGUACUUCGUAGAGGAGAGCUCAAGAAAUAUCCUUAGUGUUGGAGAAACGUUGGGUGCCCUGGGGGUUGCCAUGCAACUGGAAGAGCAAGCCAGCAAGCAGAUGAGCAAGCAGAGGCCUCAGUAAAUAUAGCAAAAUGUGGUUCACAAGC